UAAGGAGUGCAAGAUGGAUUACGCUGUCUGAGCCGCUUGUCGGCCGCACCCCGUCCGUGUGUUAUGAAAAAAUAGGAAAGAGAUAUCCCUUUCGGUGGUUCAUUCUAGAGGCCCCUCGCCGCCGUCGAAGAAAAAAAGGAGGAGAGUUCGCCGAGGCUGCUGUCGCGGGUGGCGGCGCCGGUGCCGUCGACGGUGCUUGACCGUGAAGCUGGGUGCGGAUGGACAUCGAGGGAAUGGAAUUCCUACUGGAUGCGGUCGACAGGUUCCCCGUGUGGGAGGAGUUUGCCGACAACCUUGACCACAUAGAUCCAGUCCCGAUGAUGUACCUUCUGGAUAAUGGGGCUGCUAAUCAGGAUAUUCGCCAGGGGGAUGUUGAUUCCGGGAUAACUGAGAUGGUGUGCGAUGGUGUGCUCACCGACGCUCAGGUAGGUGGCCAGCGUAGGCGUGAUGAAUCUCCGACGAGGUCUGCCCAGUCGACGGGAAGAGUAAAUCCGCAGGCCCCCGGCUGGACUAAAAGGCUUCGUCUCGGGAGUGUGCCACCGGACCGUGUGCCCUGUCCUUCAAGGAUGAGCGCCCUGGAGCUAUCAAUGCGUAAAUACGCUGAGCAACCUGACAAGAAUGUGGUCCGACCUGAGCUAGGUCUUAGUUUUGAUUCACUGGGCGAGGCGUAUGAUUUCUACAACUUGUAUUCUUGGGAAAUCGGUUUUGGGAUAAGAUAUGGAAAAAGCAGGCUGAACGCCGAGAGAACCAAAAGCAUACAGGAGAUAGUUUGUGGUUGUUCGGGGAAACCAGACGCUGAAAACAGCAGAUCAUGCAUGUGCGAGUGCCCGGCUCUGAUCAGACUGUUACGUGCAUCAGACAACAGUUGGUACAUAACAGAGCACCGGGCGAGCCACAAUCAUUCGAUGUCGCUUACAAUGGGAGAGAAAGUGCACUAGCCAUCUCAUAAACACAUAGACGUCUAUACCAAAGAGUUAAUAAGGCAGUUGAGGGAGAACAACGUCAACCUUGGCAAUGUAUACAUCAUAAUUGGGAGCUUCUUUGGUUCGGUUGAGAAGGUGCCUUUCACUAAAAGGACACUGAGGAACAUUUGUGAGAAGAUUAGUCGUGAGCAGGUUGAAGAUGAUGUACGGAAGACACUACAGGUGUUUGCCUACAUUCGGUCGAGUGACCCUGGAUUCUCCUUUGUGGUGCUCGCCGAGAAAGACAACAAGGUGAAGAAUCUCAUGUGGGCUAAUGGGAGCAGCAGGAUGCAGUACAAGUUCUUUGGUGACGUGGUCACAUUCGACACCACAUACAGGACAAAUCUGUACGACAUGCCAUUCGGUCUAUUUGUUGGAGUUAACAAUCACUACCAGAGUAUCAUCCUGGCAGGAGUGUUGAUGCGCGACGAGCAGGAAGAGAGCUUCGAAUGGUGCGUUUUCAGAAUUCAUUCGCAUGAUGGGCGGACCUGCACCAAAAACAAUACUAACAGACCAAUGCAGAGCAAUGGAGGUUGCGAUCAAGAAAAUUUAUCCAAACACUGUCCACCGUUGGUGCAAGUGGCAUGUUCUGAAGAAGGCGAAGGAAACACUGGGGCUGUUUUACACGAAAAAGUGUGAUUUCCAAGCUGAAUUUCACAAAGUUGUUAACCACAUGUUAGCUGAGGAGGAAUUUGAAACAGCCUGGGACGCGCUGCUUGAUAAGUACAACUUGAGGGGGCCUAACUAUAUGACCCAAAUAUAUGAGACAAGACAUAAAUGGGCAAAACCAUAUUUAAGAGGUGUGUUUUGUGCAAAAAAUGACAAGUACACAGAGGAGUGAGAGUGCAAACCAUAUGCUGAAGUCAUACAUGCCCCCCGCAAGCCCGAUGCAUGUUUUUGUCCGGCAAUACAUGAGGCUUCAGUUUGACCGUGAGCGCAAUGAAAGCUACGAGGAGAAGAGGACAAUGAUUGUAAAUAUGUUGCUCCCAUUCAAGAAAAUAGAUUUCUGUUUUUUACUGAUUUCUGCUCAAGAACUGAUCUUUUUUUGCGGGAAAAAAAAGAUCAGUUCUUGAGCAGAAAUCAGUAAAAAACAGAAAUCUAUUUUAAUACUUUCAUUAUGUCAGGGAGGCGCCGUGCGGCAGGCUAACCUUGCGAUAGAGCGACAUGCCAGCAAAAUAUAUACAAGGAAUAUGUUUGAGGAAUUUGGCCGCCUCCUAAUAGAAGGAACUGCAUACAAUGUGACUGAAGUAGAAAGGAUGAGGAAAUACAUCACAACUCACAAUAAUGCAGCAAAGAGAGAGAAGUGGAGUAGAGUGGAGUAAGAGGUGACAGUUAACGAAGACAAAUCAAUGUUCACGUGCGAAUGUGGUCAAUUUGAGCACACAGGAAAUCAAUGCUUUGCUGCCAUGCUUUGAGGGUGAUGGAGAUUCUACAUCUUGAUGAAAUCCCUAAGUACCAUAUCCUGAAAAGGUGGACAAGAGAUGCGAGGGUUAUACUACCGGAUCACCUGGUUCAAUACCAGAACGACAAAUCGCAUAAUUUGUCGUGCGUACAGGCAUGCAACAUUAUAUUUUAAAGCCAUGGAAGUUGUGUGAAUGGGGGACGCAAGUGUUGCAUGCUAUGACUACAUGCAUUCUGGGCUGGACUCUGCUGCGGGGUGGAGCGCCUCUGGCGGUCGCGCGGGAUGGAUUGGCAUUCAAGGAUCGUCUCAUUGAAAAUGGAAAUGCCAGUGUAACUUGCAACCGCGAUCCUGCUUUGGUUGAUCAGGAGGCUGACCAAUGCAACAGUGCUGCGAAUUCUGUCGGCAUGAGGCAUGAAUGAACUUCAGUGCCUCGUAGCACCAGAAAAGCGUAGAGGAUCUGGCAGGCCGACAAGCAACAGGGAGAAGGCACUGUACGAAGGGCUGAGUAAAAGUACCAGGUUCUGCAGCAUUUGCCGCCGCGAGGGGCACAAGAGGACCACAUGUCCAGAGCGAGGGGAUGCUCCGAAGAAGCCACGGAAACGGCAGAUGCCAGAACUGCGGAAUAGAAGGACACCGGGGAACACAUGCAAGAGGCCUCUUGGGUUUGCCGAGAGCUGAGCUGUGCAAUUUUCGGUCGAUGAAUAUGUAUUUGUCUUUUUCAUGAGGUCUGAUCUGCAGUCCGUCCCGGAUCAGGAUUUGUAUGCUGUUCCAAUAUGAGAUAUCAUGGUCUUGCAUUCCUUGGGCAAGCAGAAAAAAUGUGGGAUGUUGUGAGAACAAUUUGAUAGCUAGUCUGAGAUGUACUGUCCAUGUUUGUAACGAUCUAGAGUUGUGUCCUAGAGCACGCAUAAGGAUUUAUGGUUUUCUGAAAAA